AUGACGGCGCCCGAGGCGGACGGUGGCAAGGAGAGCACCGUGCAGCGCCAGGCCGAGCUGCCCGUGUGGCGCAACGAGGACUGCGACCGCACCUACUUCCAGCCCAUCACGCCCACCUUCAUCUGCGCCGGCUACGCGGAGGGAGGCAAGGACGCCUGCCAGGGCGACUCGGGCGGGCCGCUGAUGCUGCGGCGCGGCGGGCGCUGGACGCAGCUGGGCAUCGUGUCCUUCGGCAACAAGUGCGGCGAGCCCGGCUACCCGGGCGUCUACACGCGCGUCUCCGAAUACGUGGACUGGAUCAAGGAGAACAUGGUGAUCUGACCGCCCUUCCGCGCUCGCUCGCCUCAGCUCUCUUCUCGGCCUGCGGCCCUUCGUGCUGUGCAUCAAAUGCGCGUUGUCCAGGGCGCAAGGCGAUAGACAGAAAAAGAGGCAUUCAUGAUUCCCAUGUGAAAGCUCAGGAAGUUACCACGAAGAGUCACCAAUAUCCCAGGUUUAACCACACAGCAAUAAAAAACGGGUGCAAUACUGUGUAAAUUCACCACACCAAAUUCACUCAAACUGACUGAAAAUGAUCAAAUCAUAUUUCAGGGAGACAUUUCAUAUUUCAGAUUCCUCUUUUAUGUUUACGAGCAAAAUGUGAAUCCUGUAACUAAAGAUAAAAAUCACUGAAGGGUAUAAAUGUGUAAAUACGAUUGUGCAGAGACAGAAGUGCCUUUUCUCAUCCUAUAAAGAUAGAAGAGAUACUUUCAAGGAAUAAUAGUGAAAAGUCUGUAGUUGCAGUGAAAUUAUGUCUACAUGUCAGAAUUAUCUGCAGUAUUUUAGGGUAAUGCGCCCUAAUGAUGUACCAACCUGCUAACUGGGCUCAUUUACAUUCAGCAAUGCAACUACUUCUUCGGUAGUACCAUACUUGACUUCCAAUGAUCCUGCGGAUCCGUAGGCAAGAAAUACUUCGUAUACCUAAGGAAUCCCAUGCAUCAUCCAGAACUUUCCUUGUACUUAUAAUUCGUAGAACAUAGUUGUGAAUUUUUCGGAAUCCUCAGAACUUUCUGUUGCAACUAGAAAUUAAGCGAAUAUAAAGUUUAAAAGCGAUUGUAAGAUUGUUUGCCAUACAGAUACAUGCAAGGUGUUAGAGUACCAACACAUGUAUCAAAACAUUUUAGUAUCACUAUUAUUAUUAUUGUUAAUAUAAGUAUUUGAAAAGAAAAUGUACAUUUAAAAAAUGUAAAUAUUUAUUCAAGAUUAAAUAUUUAUUUGAAAUAAAUUUUCUUAUUUCUGAG